AUGCCGCUCCCAAACACCACGAACGAGGUCCAGGCCUCGAGUGACGCCGCCGAGGCCUUCACCACCCACUACUACCAGGCCGUCAACCGUCACCAAGAUCUUCUUCCCUUCUACAUCAACUCCUCGUCGCGAUACCCCAUCUCCGCAGACAUCUCCAUCAACGGCGCCGUCGUCCCUACACCCGCCGACUACUCCAAACUCCUCGAAGUCCAAGGCAAGGACGUGCAUUAUGAUAUUGAAUCCCUCGAUGCCCAUGUCCUCAACCCUUCCUUUACCAUGGGCGCGCCCGAGAAUAUUUACGACAACGCCAAGAGGGAGAAGAACGGCGAGAAGAUGAGCAUCCUCGUGACUGUCAUGGGCAGAGUGCAAUACGGAAAAGGCAGAGAGGCGCCGCAGAAGAUGUUCAACGAGACAUUCGUUCUGGUUCCUAACUGGGAGGCUAUGACGAAGCUUCCUCCAAGGGGCAUCAGGAAGUGGUUGAUCAUGUCUCAAAACUUUCGUGCCCUAUAG